GCACAAUGGACUGGGGCACCCUGCACACCUUCGUCGGCGGUGUCAAUAAACACUCCACCAGCAUCGGGAAGGUGUGGAUCACGGUCAUCUUUAUCUUUCGUGUCAUGAUCCUCGUGGUGGCUGCUCAAGAAGUGUGGGGUGAUGAACAGGAGGAUUUUGUCUGCAACACUCUGCAGCCAGGAUGUAAAAACGUGUGCUACGACCACUUCUUCCCCGUGUCCCACAUCCGACUGUGGGCACUGCAGCUCAUCUUUGUCUCCACGCCCGCCCUGCUAGUUGCCAUGCACGUCACCUACUACAGACACGAGACCACCCGCAAGUUCAGGCGAGGAGAGAAGAGGAACGAAUUCAAAGACAUCGAAGACAUUAAAAAGCAAAAGGUUCGGAUAGAGGGGUCCCUGUGGUGGACAUACACCAGCAGUAUUUUUUUCCGAAUCAUCUUUGAAGCAGCCUUCAUGUAUGUGUUCUACUUCCUGUACAACGGAUACCACCUGCCCUGGGUGUUGAAAUGUGGGAUCGAUCCUUGCCCCAAUCUGGUUGACUGCUUUAUCUCGAGACCCACUGAAAAGACCGUGUUCACCAUUUUUAUGAUUUCUGCAUCUGUGAUUUGCAUGCUACUUAAUGUGGCUGAGCUGUGUUACCUGCUGCUCAAAGUGUGUUUUAGGAGAUCAAAGAGAGCAAAGACACAAAGAAAUCACCCCAAUCAUACCCUGAAGGAAAGUAAGCAAAAUGAAAUGAAUGAACUGAUUUCAGAUAGUGGUCAGAAUGCAAUCACGGGCUUUCCAAGUUAAACAUUUCAAAGUAGAACAUAGCUGAUUGAUAACAAAACUUGCC